AUGCAAUCCACCCGCCGCCUCUUGGCCUCUGCCUCUCGCGUCGGCUCGCAAUCCACUCCAUCAGCCCUUUCUGGCGGCCGCAAUGUUCCUUUAGCGCUCCUUCCUCCAAUUCCGCUCUACCGCCGCAUUCUACGCGCUCACCGUCUCCACCUCCCCAAUCAAAUGCGCCUGUUGGGCGACGAGUAUGUCAAGGCGGAGUUUCGCGCACAUCGGAAGAUCGACAAUCCUGUGCACAUCGUAGGAUUUUUGACGGAAUGGCAAACAUAUGCGCAGCAAGUGGAAGGCGCUUCAUGGAAAGGAGAGGUUCUGGACAAAGGCAAAGUGGAGAAGAUGAGUGAUCAGCAGAUUGGACAGCUGUAUGAGUUGAUGACGGCAAUCCGGGAGAAGGAGUUGGCGGAAGGGCAGGAGGAGGAAUACAAACACGGGGUGCCUCCGCCGCCGCCGGAGAAAGCUUAG